UGUGAAACAUCAUAGAUUUGCAGCAGUAGCCUGUAAACUACCCUGUGAGUCCCUGUUGAGAAGUGGAGGAAUACUGUGCGGUCCUCGCGCUGCCUCUGCCGAGCCUUAAUUAAUGGCCCAUCAGCUUCAAAGGACACCGCCCGUCCCCACCUGCAGCCUCAGCUCUGCAGCUCUGCGCAUCUCCCGCAGCUCAGGACGCUCAGGACGGGACGGCUCGCCAACAUGGCGGCACGAGCGAAGCGGCUUAGAAAAAGACUCGACGUGUUACGGAGUCAUCACAACAAAUGUCAAACACAACACCAGCAGCUGAUGGAAGCCAUGGACCACCAAAAGCAGCAGCAGCUGGGGUCCACAGCCCUUGGUCUGUCUAAGCAGCUCAAGGUGGAUUUGCCCCCAGAGGAGACUACCACUGCCACCAUUAAUAUCAACCACCUGCUCAUUUCCAUGGAGAAGAACAGUGAGGGCCAGCCCCCCCCUAAAAAGUCAGAAGAUCAGGAGGAGGGAGAGAAGACAGACGAGGUAGAGGAGGAAAUAGACCAGUGCCCUCCAGACCCAGAUGUUCCUCCGCUGAAGAGAACUGAGAGUGUCUUUCUUACAAAGAAAAUGCUUGGGAUCUCUGACGAAUCAAUAACAAGCAGUGAAAUAAGCGAGGAUGAGUAUGUUCCUAGUCCAACAUCAGAAUCAGAAGUAUCGGAGGAAGAACUCAAACUGCUCAAGUCUACAAGAAAUUACAGUUCAUCAAAUAACUCUGAUGGUCGACACUUGAAGAAAGGUCAUGUCAAGCCUGUUAAAUGCAGACAGAGCACAUCUUCCUCUUCACAUUCCUUGGCUGAUUGUGAGGCAUCAGAUUCCUCCAGUGACACAAAUGCAAAAGUCUUGAUGCUGAGAAAGAAAGACAAUGGUGGUAGAGUCUACAAUAAGAGGCACUACUGUUUGUACUGUUUUAAACCAUAUGCCAAAAUUGCACGGCACUUGGACAAGAAACACAGCAAUGUGGAGGAGGUGGCACAAGCGUUCAGUUAUCCAAAAGGAUCAGCGGAGAGAAAGCUGCAGAUAACUCUCAUUCGAAAUAAAGGCAAUCGUCACCACAAUUUCGAGGUCCUGGAGGAGGGUAAAGGGGUGAUGGUUCCCUCUCAGCAAAGCAGUGCACCAGUGAGUGUAAAAGACUAUUUACACUGCAAAUACUGUGAGGCAUUACUGAAAAGGAAAGUGAUAUGGCGGCACAUGAAAAAAUGCAAGCUGGCAAAGACAAGCAUAAAGCCAGGCAGAACUAGAGUACAGUCACUUUGUGCUGCUGGACAGCCUGUCCCAAAAGACAUAAAUGACAAAGUGUGGGGCUUAGUAAAUGGCAUGAAUCAAGACAGCAUAACAGACAUAAUUCGGCAAGAAAAAUAUAUUCUGAAGUUAGGAGAACACUUCUAUAACAAAAAAGGCACAGACAAAAGCCAACACCAAUACAUUAGACAAAAGAUGCGGGAAAUGGGAAGGUUAGUUCUCCAAGCAAAGACUCUUGGCAAGCUGAAAACAAUACAUGACUUCUUUCUGCCAGCAAACUUCUGCCACGUCGUGAAAGCUGUGAAGAUGGUCUGUGGAUGGAGUGAAGAUACGAGCAGUUUCAAGAUCCCAUCCUUGGCACUCAAACUAGGCCAUAGCCUAACUAAAAUAGCAGAUAUUGCAGAGUUUGAAGCAAGGAUGUCAGAGAACAAGAAGGCCCUUGAAAAUGUGGUGACGUUCAGGACAUUGAAAGAGAAUAAAUGGGAUGAGUGGGUUUCUUCGCAUGCACUGAGGAACCUCAGGGAGUCGAAAUGGAAUACACCUCUUCUGAUCCCCUACUGUGAAGAUGUUGUGAGACUGCACAACCAUAUUGACGCAGAAAGGCCCAAGUAUCGGUCCAUUCUUAAAACCUCACCAAAUAAGAGGAACUGGUUAAGUCUUGCUAAACUAACGCUCUGUGAAGUGAUCGUCUUCAAUCGUAGGAGAGAGGGAGAAGUUUCAAAGAUGUCCCUGAAUGACUUCAUGUUGAGAAACACCUUUGCCAGUAAUCCAGAUCUUGACCUUGCCUUGACCGACGUGGAAAAGAAACUCUGCAAAUACUUUGAGCGUGUGGAAAUCAAAGGUAAGCGGGACAAAAAGGUUCCUGUCUUACUCAGCCCAGACAUGGUGUCCUCCAUUCAGAUGCUGGUGAGUUACAGACGACAAUGUGAUGUGCCAGAUGAAAAUGUGUAUUUGUUUGGUAGACCUGAGGCAGAAAGUCAUCUCAGAGGAUCUGAUGCCAUCCGUGCUAUCGCAUGUGAAUGUGGGGCUAAGGACCCUCAAACACUGACAUCAACUAGACUCAGGAAACAAAUGGCAACCAUGUCACAAGUUCUGAACUUAAAAGACAAUGAGGAGGACUGCCUCGCAGGUUUUAUGGGUCACAACAUCAGGGUCCAUCGACAAUAUUAUCGGCUCCCUGAAGGGACAUUACAAGUUGCCAAAGUUGCAAAGUUGCUUAUGGCCUGUGGGAGAGGAGAGCUGUCACAAUUUAAAGGCAUGACACUGGAUGAGAUCAACGUUGAUCCAAAUGAGGAAGUACCUGAAGACAGCUCUCUAUCUGGAGGUGAAGAUGAAGAUGAAGAUGUGAUGUCGAGUCUAUCCUCUAACUCAUCAGGUCUAAGACCAGUGAAAAAGACCAGAUCUGUUGAUUGUACACCUACAGAAGAGGACCAGGAGUCUGAUGCUUCAUCACAGCUAACCAGAGGAGGGUCAAGUCAUGUGAAGACCAAACCCAUCAAGAGGUCACAUGCAGAGGAGGACCAGGAGUCUGAUGCCUCAUCACAGCCAAGAAAAGGAGGGUCAAGUCCUGUGAAGAAGACCAAACCCAUCAAGAGGUCACAUGCAGAGGAGGACCAGGAGUCUGAUGCCUCAUCACAGCCAAGCAAAGAUUCAUCAAGAAAGAAGAGGAAGGUGUGGACAAAGGAAGAAGUCCAAGCUGUAGAACAGAAGCUGAUGAACAAUAUUAAGACUGGCAAGGUUCCUGGUAAAUCACAGUGUGUAGACUGUAUCCGUGCAUUUCCAGAGGCACUUAAAGGUAGGACCUGGGAUGCUGUGAAAUACUAUGUGAAAAACCGUAUCGAUAGUUGGAAGCGGCACUCUACAAGGAAAUUCUUCAGUUAAAUGCAUACAAAAAUACAUGCUCAAGGAAUAGUUCACCCUAGAAACAAAAUUCAGUCAUUAUGGACUCUCCCGCCUUCUUCUCUCCUGCCUUCCCACACUCCUUCCCUCCUCCCUUCCUCCCUCCUUUCCUGUCUUCCUUCCUUCCUUCCCUCCUCUCUUCCUUCCUUGAAUUUUGUUUCUAGGGUGAACUAUUCCUUUAAUGCACUGCAUCAGUUCUGCGAAGCAGCAGCAAACAGAAGUUUUGAACCUCUUGUUAUGUGUAACCUUACAGCUGUGGUUAAAUACACCUGAGAAUUAUGGCAGUUACUGAUCAACAAGUUUCUGUACAUCAGUAACAAGUUAGAACUACAAGAGCUACCUAGACCAAAAAACCCUACGUCCGUCAUCAAGUUGUGGAACAAAGGAGCUGUGGGACCAAAACCCUGGAGCCAGCAGUACAGCCUGACGGUGGGGACAAGACGCGGGAAGGCCGGCGCUGUGAGCCUGAAACACGAUCCGUGGAGCCAGCAGUGCAGCCUGCGAGGGAGGGAGUCGCCUCACACCCACUGAGUGCGGAUGAGACUUGAAAGCUUUUACCUGCUUUAUGAGAUUGCUGAUUUUAUUAAGAAACCAGACGAUCGUGAGACACUGCAAAGGUUGGAUGCGCUUUGUGAAAUUGUUGAUUUCAGGAGGAAAAAGUCCUAAACGUGUGGUGUGACAUUUAAAAUAAACUAAAAAUGAAUGAAGAAAACUUCUCUUUUGGUCUGUCUGAUUUAGAGUUUAUGGUUGAGCAAUUGAAUCAAAUCUCCCCACCUCCUCCUGUAGAUGUAGCCGUUGCUAAUGUGGGUGAAC